CUGGAGACAGGAGUGUAAAGAUGGCGGCCGGUGCAGGGGCUGCAGGCGGGCAAGGGGCCCGCAGCUCCACCGCUACGCUGGAAUCGUCUUUGGACCGACGAUUUCAAGGAGUAUCCAACACUAUGGAGUCCAUACAGGGACUAUCCGCCUGGUGCAUUGAAAACAAGAAACACCACGGCCAAAUCGUCCGCUCCUGGAUGAAGUGGCUCAAGAAAUCUGACAACAACCACCGGCUGAAUCUUUUCUACGUCGCCAAUGAUGUGAUUCAAAACUGCAAGAGGAAGAACGCCAUCGUCUUCCGGUCCAGUUUUGCAGACGUUCUCCCAAAUGCCGCUCAACUCAUCAGAGAUGGAAAAGUCCGCAAGUCUAUUGAGAGGAUAUUUACUAUAUGGGAGGAGAGGAGCAUUUAUCCAGCAGAAAAUAUUGCCCAGUUUAAAGUGAGUCUGAACAAAAAGGAAGAGAGAGAGAAGCAAAAAGACAAGGAGAAAGAGAAGAAAAAGGAGAAGGAAAAAGAAAGGGAGAAGGAGAAAGAGAAAACGCCUCUUAUUUUGAGUGCACCAACAACAACUAAAGCCGCCCUUAAAUCUAAGAUUCUGGCUGAGUUUACUCCUCAGUCUCUCAUCGAAGACUUGUCCCAGUACAAACAAGCUGUAGCAGAAGAAGACUUCAGAGAGAAACAGCUGUCCACUCUGAGAGUGGACGUCUGCAGCACAGAGGCUCUGAAGAGACUCAAAGACAAGGCUGGGGGAAACAAAUUUGCCAAGGAUUUUGAGGAAGGUAGUCUGAAGCUGCAAGAGUUUGUGAGCUUUCUUGAGAAAGAGAUGAAAAGGGGUCCUUCUCUGCUGGAGUCUUUGGGAAAUGCAGACAUUUUCUAUGAGAUGCAGUAUAAAGAGGUCAAAAUUGUGGCCAAUGCCUAUAGUGCCUUUGCCAACCGUGUGGCCAGUUUAAAAAGAAAACUGGAUUCUCUUAAGUCGACUUUACCUGGAUCAGAGGACUCGCCCAUCCCUUCACCCUCAGAGGAUGCCCCCUCUCCCACGGGCUCAGAGUCUCCACUCCUGCCUCUGGGGUUGAACAGAGCUCAGGUUGACCCAGAACUGGACGGGAAAGCUAUGGACGAAUCCAAUGACAAUGCGGAAGAUGAGAUGGAUGUAUCUGAUGAGGAGGCAGAGGCAGAAAACAAGAAGGAAAAGGUGACCCCUGUUGUAGACACUGCAAAAAUUCCUACAAUUCCAACAAAAGGUUCAAAGAGUAAUGCAUCUGCUACUGGCACUGCCGGUACGAGCACCCCCACCUCCUCAAAUGCUCCAGCCAACCCUCUUGGAGUCAACCUGGCCAAAGUGGACCUGGGGAAGAUCAGCUCAAUCCUCAAUUCACUCACGUCGGCCAUGAAGAGUACAACAAGUCCAGCACUUAAGUCAACUCCAGGGACCCCCUCAACUCCAUCGGGACAGUCAUCGGCCUCAAAAACAGCUUCUCCAAGCCCCGCUCUUGCGAGCAUCUUGUCCCGUGUUGACAUCACUCCUGAAGGCAUUUUAAAUGCUCUUUCUAAAAAAAAUACGUCAGGUUUGUCUUCUUUACUGCAUAGUGUAACAAACAGCUCAGCUUCAGCCAGUCGCACAUCUCCUCCAGUAAAACCAUCCGUAAAAACACCAGUCACCCCAGCCCCCCCUAAAACCAAACCCUCUGUAAGCAGCAUUGUCAAACGUGAAACUCCAGGACGAAACAAGGACAGAGACGGGCAGCUGUCUCCUCCUUCACCCUCACGAAGCAUAGCUCCGCCCAUGUCCACUCCCAGCUUAGAGUCCAAAAUUAACAGCUUUUUGCAGGGUAAUCCCAGCUUUAGUCUGGCCUUAGGUGAUCUUAGUCCUGAUGGAGUGGAUGGGACCCCAGUUAGAGACGAGGCCGCGUGUACUCCCACUCAGGAUGAGAUGAUGGACACUCCAGGAAGUGUUCCAGAGUCCUUAGGGUCGUCUGGAAGCCGCCCCCUCUCACCCACAGCCUAUCGCGGUGAGCCCUGGGACGCUGUGAUCACCCCAUCUGGAAGCAACAGUGAGGGGGAUGUUUUAGGCUCCUCUCGAUUUGGAGCUGUGAAAAAGAGUCAUACAAAACUGAAAGAGGAGGAUGUUAGGACGCACACUACCUCGCUCUCUAGUAAAGAAGUGUUAAAGGGUAAGGGCGAUGGACAGUCUGGUUAUUAUAAAAACAAAUCUGGAACAGAGAGAAGAGUGUCUGCUGGGUCUCGUAAGGUGAGCACAGGCUCGGAGGAUGGAAGUUUCAGUGGGAAAAGAGAGGCCAAAGCUCGGGGCGGGUCACCCAGGGAGGGUCAGUACCACCGCAUUGAAACACUAGUGUCACCGUGCACUGAGGGGGCACCCAUAGAAACUCUAGGUUACUCAAACAGGCCUCUCACUGGGGAACCCAUCAGAACAGUAGAGAGUAUUCGAGUGAUUGAUCGUGGGCCUCGGCGCGGGGGAGGAGGAGGGAGCCGCGGAGGGGGGGGCAUGUGGUAUGAAGAGGAGGAGUACAUGGACACGCAGCCUCCCUCACCCAUCGCUGUGGCUCCCACUUUAAGCAGGAACAGAAGAAACUCUGAAGAAAUGGCUCCUGCUCUUCAACUCCCUCUGCCCCCUCCACCACCCCCACAUCCUUUCCUCCAUCUUCAUCCUCCACCGUCUCACCUUCUCCCACCGUCUCACCUUCCCCCACCAUCUCACCUUCCACCGUCUCACCCUCCCCCCACUCACCUGCCCCCUCCUCACCCACUCCCCCCUCAGCUCCCUCCUCAGCCCCACACUUUGCCCCCUCAGCCUCACUUCUCUAUACCGUACCCCCAUGAAGCUCCCCCAGCCCCUCUCCACCAGCAUCCACCUCCUACGUCUCCUUUCUUUAAUGCGCCCAUGUCCAUCCCCAGACCGCCUCCUCCACCCUUACCCCAAAAGCCCCCAACCCCUCCCCUUCACUCCCCCGUGCCCACAGCUGUGAUGGUGGGUGGGGUGUUGAUUCCUGUGGAGCGUCCCUCACCCCUGUCUGUCCCAGUGAGGCCAGAGGGGCCUGAACGAGGGCCUGAACGAGGGUCGGAGCGAGGGCCUCCCAGAGCGGGUAAAGUAGGUCCUCGCUUCAUGACUUCAUUACUGGGUGAACCUCCGCGGCUGCCCCGCCCAGGGACUGUUAAGGAGCCUUUCAACCUUCGAAUGGCACCCCCCCUCCACCGCCCAGGAACUCCUGGAGUUCCUCCACCUUUACUGGGCCGAGUGAAAGAGCCUCCGAACCUACCUCCUCCACUCUCUUCUCCCCCUCCCACAUCCACCUCCCCUUCUCCUUCCCCCCCUAACUCACCUGUCAAUACUGCUUCACCUGUCCUACCAGUCCCACCAAGUACUACACCAUCAGCUGAACCUCCUGAACAGAAUUCUUCUGAACAGAAAGUUCCUGAGCAAAAAGUUCCCGAGCAAAAGAUUCCUGAGCAAAAUAUACCUGAGCAAAAUAUUCCCGAACAGAAUGUUCCUGAGCAGAAAGCUCCAAUCGGGAGCCCUGCCCCGCCCCGUCCCAAACCCCCUGUUUCUCUCAUGAACCUGCCCAGGCCCCUCAUAAUGACUGAGCCCAUCCCACAGAGGCCGCUGGUGCGAGGCCGACUGCCUCCCCCAAGUUUCAGAGGCUUCAGAGGGAAGCGCCAUGGUCCUCCCUUUGGAGGUCCCUUCUAUCCCCCAAAAAGACCCUUUCUGCCCCCCCGGUACUGAAGUGUUCCUCUGUGACAUGACCUGAGCACACUACUGUGUGUGUUAGCUGGUAUAAGCUUAGACCUUCUCUGUUGGAUAGAUGGACAGUAUUGUGUGUAAAUAACCCAACAGUGUCAUGGUUCCGCUUGCCACUCUCACCAUAGAGAGCUUAGGAAUUUAAGUUCUAAGUGUCACAUAACUAACCCAACAUCUACUUUUAAUUUCUCAAAUCAUGAGAAAUAAACUUUUUUUUUUUCAAACAGAGAAAGAGAGCAGGAGGAAUGUACAUAAUGGGUCUUUUAGGAUACUGACAAAUAUAAUUGAAGUGAUGAAGAGUAAUCCAAAAACUUAUCCUUUGCUUCCUUUUACCCAAUGGAUGUGUGUUGCCUUUUGCUGAACAAUGGUAUUUUGGUUGUUUUUUUCCUUGCAGUUGAGGAUGUUCUUAUUUCACGUGUAUCUACUGUAAAUUAUCUGUCGCUAUCCCUUUCCUCCUUCUAUCUCUCUGCACUGUAUAUUUCUAAGCUUGUAUAAUAUAAAGAUUUCGUUGAUCCAUCUUUUUCUUUUCAAACUCUUGUGUAAAAAGAAGACAGGGAUUGUAGUCCACGCAUCCUGUCUUUACUGUAUUGAGGCCUUGUUAAGCUUUUAAAUACGUUUUCAGUCGUGUGUCAUUGUUUUAGUUUUAGACCAUGAGACAGAAGAGGAGGUUGACAGUGAUCAAAUACUUAAGAAUAAAUGUCUGCCUGUUUUAUUUUCAUGAUGGCGUCAAGAAAUAUCAUAGUAGAUGGGAUUUUCCACCAUACUCCACUCUUAGCAGCUUUCAAUAUGUAAAGACUUAAUAAAAUACAGAGUAUGUGACUUCAA